CUGGGGCUGGAGCGAUGGCCCGGGUCUGGAGCCUGCGGCCGCCGCCGCCGCCAGCGCGCCCGGGGCAGCCGCGGCCGGAGCAGGGACCGGAGGCGCGGCUGGACUGGACGCGGCGCGUGUGAGUGGCGGAAGUCGCCGGCACACCCUCGGCGGAACGCUCCCCACUCGGGGCACUUCAGGCUGGCCGAGCGGUGGCCACCCCUCACCCCCGCACCCCACUCCCGGGCCCUGGCAGCAGGGCUGGGGUUGCCCCGGGCUCCGACUUCCCCCUCGCCGGUCUCCUCAAACUCAGGACAGAAGCCACAGGAAGGUGAUUAUCCCGAAUCCCGGCCGGCUUCCUGGCCUGCGCCGUUUUCCGGGCGCCCAGGCAGUGUCGGUGUCCUCUCCCUGUCGCCACCUCUCCAGCCAAGGAUUAGCGAGUUCCCACUGCCUGAGCUGCAGUCUCCUGUCCUCCCUUUCGAAAGCAAGUUUAUUUUCCCUGUGCACUGGGAAUCGGGACUCGUGUCCCAGAGAUCCAAAGUACCUUAGUUUUGUGUAUCUUUUCCCAGCUUCUGGAGCACUCCUAGAAAUAGUGCCUGCCUACACGGCUAAAAAUCUCGUUCUUGGCUUAGCGGGUUGUUUUUUGUUUUGUUUUGUUUUUCUUUUGGCAAGUAAUAGUUGUUUCAGAAAUUUAUCACCAGUUCAGAAAUUGGAUCACCCAGUUCUUUGGCCACCUCUAUGUAACUUUCCCCCAUCCAUCUGAGUCCAGUUUCCUCUGGUCUCCAUUCUCCAGGCCCCCCAGUCGAUCUGGUCAGUCCCACCUCUGGGUGGGAGUGAUCAGGGGGCUCUGGCCCAGGAUUUCCAACCCUGGAAGGCAGCUCCAAGGCAUCGGGAGAGUUGGGCGUCGGGUACGAACCUGGCAGCUCAGGUGUGGGUGCUCCACUCACCCCCCACAAAAAGAUGAAAAAGCGCAAAGAGCUCAACGCCUUAAUCGGCUUGGCUGGUGAUAGUCGGAGAAAGAAGCCCAAGAAAGGCCCAAGCAGCCACCGCCUGCUUCGCACUGAACCUCCUGACUCAGAUUCAGAGUCCAGCUCAGAGGAAGAAGAGGAAUUUGGAGCAAUUGGAAAUCGCUCUCGUUUUGUCAAGGGAGAUUACUUACGAUGCUGCAAGAUCUGUUAUCCCCUCUGUGCUUUUGUCAUCCUCGCUGCCUGUGUUGUGGCCUGUGUUGGCUUGGUGUGGAUGCAAGUGGCUCUCAAGGAGGAUCUGGAUGCCCUCAAGGAAAAAUUUAGAACAAUGGAGUCUAAUCAGAAAAGCUCAUUCCAGGAAAUCCCCAAACUUAACGAGGAACUUCUCAGCCAACAAAAACAACUUGAGAAGAUUGAGUCUGGGGAGCUGGGCUUGAGCAGGGUCUGGAUCAACAUCACAGAGAUGAAUAAGCAGAUUUCUCAGUUGAGUUCUGCAGUGAACCACCUGAAAAGCAAUGUCAAGUCUGCUGCAGACUUACUUAGCCUGCCAAGCACUGUAGAGGGACUUCAGAAGAGUGUAGCCUCCAUUGGCAAUACUUUAAACAGUGUCCAUCUUGCUGUAGAAGCAAUACAGGAAACUGUGGAUGAACACAAGAAAACCUUGGAAUUACUGCAGAGCAAUAUGGAAAGCAAUGGAAGCAACCAGAUCUCAGCUACAUCAGAACUUGACAAUAAAACCCACAGUGAAACUUCAAAACAGGAUAUCCUGUACCUUCACAAUUUCUUAGAGGAGGUCAACAGUACUGUAGUGGGAUACCAGAGACAGAAUGACCUUAAACUCGAAGGAAUGAGUGAGACACUCAGUAACCUGACACAGAGACUCAGCUUGAUUGAAAGUGAUGUGGUUGCACUGAGCAAGGCAGAGAAGAGGGCAAACCUGACCUCCAGCGCGAUGGGUAAUAGGGCUGCCACUCUGAAAAGAGAGUCUUUGGUGAUCAAAAGAACUGAUACCAUAAAGGCCCAAAGCAUACAGAAAGAAGAUAAUUCAAAUUCUCAGGUAUCUAAGUUGCGAGAGAAACUGCAGCUGAUCAGUGCUCUCACAAACAAACCUGAACGCAACAGGCCUCCGGAGACCGCAGAGGAAGAGCAAGUACAGAACUUCACAUCAGAUCUGUCAGCAUUGCCAAAAUCUUCACAGCUUCUUGGCGACCAAAUUAAGACUCAACUGAAACCCGUCUCCCUACCGGGGAUUUCUAGCAUUAAAGAUCUUCAGGAUUUAUUCCGCAAGACUGGUCAAGAUGUGGAUGGAACACUGACCUACCAGGAGGUCUGGAAUUCCCUAGGUACUGCCGUGCCGAGACCAGAGAGCUUGAGAGCAUUUGAUUCCAAUGGAGAUGGAAGAUACUCCUUCCUAGAGCUAAAAGUAGCUUUAGGUAUCUAGUCUCAUCAGGCAUACUUUGAAGUGGAUGUGUACCCUGAAUUAAUAUUUACCUUAAAAAACAAAACAAAACAAAACAAACCUCUUGACUAACCCAUCAGCCCUCCAGCCCUUCAUAAUACUGUAGCAAACACAUUGCCACCUUUUAACUUGUUUGAAAAUGCUAUGUAAAAAAUUAUUUUUUUAAAAAAUUACUUAUAUGAUGUUUGGAAAUUUAUGAUUUCCUGAAGCCAGUGAGAUCUUGUAACUUAAAGUUGCCAGGAGAAAAAUAAUAAAGCCCUCUUUUCUCUUUCCUGUUUUUAAAGGGGGGAGAAUUUACCUUUUAAAGCUAGAAAGUGUGUAUAUAGAGAUAAAGAAGUCACUGUUUAUAUUUCAUAUGAAUUUGCCUUAAAUUAGCUGCACUUUAUAGAGCUUCAGAAUGUCUUUUCUUUGAAAGAUGAGUCUUUUCUGUUUGUAAAUAUAUAAAAUGAAAGAUUGUGUAUAUUGUGUAGAAAGACAGAUGAAUGGCUUUGAAUAGGAUGAACAAAUGACUUGUUAAGAGUAACUGACAGUUUGUUCUGGCUGGUGGCUGAAACUUUUCACAUCUCCUUAAGGCAACCCUCAAAGACUUUGUGCCACCAUAGGGUUUGUUUGGUCUGGAAGCUGGGGCAUCAGUUCAGGUAUGAAUGCUGUACAGAGGGUGCCGGUUCCAAGCUCAGGAAAGUCAUAUUCUGGGUCAUUGCUCCUAUUCCUAACCUAAGAACCAGAGAAGUCCUUAUUUUUAAUUAUCUUUCAAGGUUUGUGAGUAUAAAAGUUAUUCAGUGGGGACUUAUGUUUUCCUCUCAAGCAAAUUAGAUUGUUUUCUCUACCCAUCCACUUCAGACUCCCUUAAUGUUGUGACUGCUUGCCUUCAGCACCAACUCUAGUCUGGAAUGGGAAGGCUCAUGGCCUUCGUCAUUAUGUCAAACUGCCCAGAGCAUUAGAGAAAACUCUUUGAGUUUUGACUCAGAAAACACCUUGAGAUUUUACCACUGGGAUCUCUAAGAACUUGGUCUGUUUCUUGGCAGACACCUAAAACCAAAAUAUGUUCAAAUGAAACACGAAAUCAUAUUCUUUUCUCACAGUUGUCCACUCAGAGAUGUAGCUAUAGGUUUUCUGUCCAGAGGAUGCCACAGUGAGCAGGCAGGCUUGGAGCAGGAGCCUUCUGGUGAUGGCGGCAGUUUUCCCAGAUCUAAAAGGCAAGUGCAGUGCUUUCCCCUUUACAGACCCUGUGAGCAAGUCAUGAAAGGUCUGCCUAGAAGGGAAUCAGCACGUCACCAACAUGCUGAGAGCACUUUCCGUGUUGUUCUUAGGAGUCUCUGGGCAGCACAAGCAGCAGACCUUACAGAACCGUCUGCUGUGGCCAGUCAGGGAAACCUGGGGAAGCUGUUAUGCUGGCGGCUUCUUAGUACAGAGCUUUCUGCUUAAUUCUAUCCAAGCUAUAGACGCAGUCUAGGAUCCUUAAACCUUUAAAGACGUUUGGGUUUUUUGGUUUGUUUUGGUUUUGUGUUUUGUUUCCUUUAUAUGACAGUCAGCUUAGUGUUGGCUUUAUUUUUUCUGGACAUAUUAAAACUCAGUGAAGGCAAGUAAAGUUUUCCUGUGCACAUGUCUUCUUAUCUCAUGUUUCUCUCUCUUUAAAUUUUUUGCCUUAACGUUUGCCUUGCUCAUCUAUGCUGUCACCUUCUUGGAAAGGUUAAAAAUACAGUUCAGCAUUACCCUGGCACUUUAGGUAACUUGAAGGUAACUCUUGUUCUUCUGGCUCCUUCCGGACUCCCCCCUUUUUUAAUAUAUAUACCCUUACAGAUUUUGUAACAACCAAAUAAAAUUCUAGCAAUAAAUUGAAUUAUUCUGCUAUAUUUGUACAUAUUGUACCAUAAAUAGUAUGUCUGUACCUGGAAGGUAUUUUUUUUUUGAGAACUGAUUUAUAGGAAAUAUGCUGAGGGUAAUGUAGCUUGUCCUUUUUAGUUUCAAGUUCUUAUUUGUAGGCAGAUACUUGCAAGACAACUUAACUCUUUGUGGUAUAUGCUUUUCAGUGGAGAAGCAGGGUUUGUUUCUUUGUCUUUCUCCUGGGUUUUCCACUUCAAGCUUAUCUGCCAGCAGCACCCCUGAGCCAUGUGUUAUUCCCUACCGUGUUGACCAGAGGUAGGUCUGUGAUACCCUUCUCAUCCGACCUGAGGCACUACCAGAUCUCCUGGGCAGAGGACGAUCUUAUCCUCCUUUGCUAAAAAUUGGACAGACUCACUGGCUUAAGAGCCUCCAAAGCCCGUCAGUCAGUGCAGACUGGGGUUUCAUUUGUAUAUUGUCUUCCCUUGUGCGUCCAGUGCCUUGUGUUAGUCAAGCGUCACCAGCCACAGAUCGCCACUAAGAGAAGAACUGGGUGGUGGUGGUGAGUUUGGCUUUGGGUUUAAAUCCUUUGGCCUUAUAAGUCAGUCAGCAGCUCUGAGUGCUUCCCACCUUAGUUUCUUAAAGCAGUGCUCCAUGGGCCUUUGCUUUAUUGCUGUGUACCAUCUAGCAUAAUAUUUACUGAAAGACCUUCCACAAGCUGGUCAUGGUAGUACAUGCCAGCAAUCUCAGCCCUUGGGAGGCUGAGGCAGGAAAAUAAUGAGUUCUGGGCUACAUAGUGAGAGUUCAUCUUUAAAAUGUACCUGGCUUAAAUGUGACUGCAGAGACAUUUAAGGAAGAGGAGAGCAGUGGAUGCUUGGUGCUUAAGAAUGGGUCUAAUGCAAAAGAGCUGAGGAGUGGACAGUCUUAUUUCACUGCCAGCUCUUUUCCCUUCCAUUGCAGUUUCCUCUCUGUUGUUGCUGGACACAGCCCCAUCAGCCCCUCCUCUCUGGCCCCAGUGUCACAGUUGAAGAUUUCCACUGUGAUGGGCUCACACUCAUAAUGGCCUAUUGAGUUGUUUUUAGUGACAGCUUUUGUUUGCUAUACACCUCAUUGGCUUGCUUACCAGCCAUCUAGAUGUGGUCCCUUCUCUCAUAUUCAAGCCAGAGUACAUUUGGUGUUCCUGAAACUUUAGAGAGUGUGUAUUAUUUGUUAUAUAACUCUAACCUGCCUUGUUUUCUCACAUUAAGAAAUUGUAAAUCUACUUUAUAUUAAUGGAGCUAUUUUGGUAAUAGAUACGCAAUUUUGGUUUUGUUUAUGGAGUGGAUUCAAGAUUUCCAUGAUUUCAUUUGAGCCUUCCUUAUUUCUUAUCAAUAUGGCCAUUUUAAUUUAUCUAAAUAAAACAUUUCCUUUCUCUCAC